UCCUCUUAAACUAACCUCAAUUUAAUGCGUAAUAUCCAAACAAACUGAACCAAAUCCAUAAAUGUGGUCCAUUUCGUUUUCCUCUCUAACCUCUCUUUUUGGAUUCAAAUAGAAUGAUUUUUUUUUUCUCAUUUUAUUUCAUCCAUUGUUUGAAUCAAAGCUGCAUCCUUUGAACUGAGGUAAAAUGGGGAAGUUUCUUUACACUUGAAAUAGCAUUUUUGGAGAAAAAGGUACAACAAAACAGUUCUUGAGAGUUUUCAAGAUUUGGCAAUGCUGCUUCAAAUUUGUAUAUAGUGACUUUACCAGUCAGUUACUAAAAGUUUAGAACAUCUUUUUGGUUCAAACUUAUAAUGUAUUUUUCUUUUAUAAAGACAAAAAAAGAUGGUGUGAUGCAAUGAUCGAGACUCUAGAAGAAGUUUCUAAACAAAAGCAUGGAUCCUAGAAAUGAAUACCAGUCUGGAUCACAGUCGGUAAUGCAUGAUCAUAUGGAUGACAUUUAUAAUAGUAGAAGACCACCUGACCUCAAUACAUCGGAAGUUAAACCUGUACAUCAUUACUCAAUUCAGACGGGUGAGGAAUUCUCUCUUGAGUUUAUGAGAGAUCGGGUGAAUCUCGUGAAGCCUGUGUUUUCAAAUGUCGGCGAUCGCAAUUAUGCAACAGGUUAUAUGGAACUCAAAGGCAUUUUAGGCAUCAGUCAUGGAGGAUCUGAAAGUGGAUCAGACAUUUCCAUGCUAUCAAUGGUGGAGAAAUAUCCUAAGGAGUUUGAUAGAAUGAAUGUAUCAAUGCUUGGAGACAGAAGCAACUAUGGAUCAAUUCGAUCGAUACCAAGAACUUCAAUGAAUCAGGACAACAGACAGUUUGUGCAUGGAUAUGGAUAUGGCUCUUCUGAAAGUUACGACAACUCAUCGAUGAUGAUGAAGUUUCUUUGCAGCUUUGGCGGUAGAAUAUUGCCGCGACCAAGUGAUGGAAAACUAAGGUAUGUUGGAGGCCAAACGCAUAUUCUCCGUAUAAGAACGGACUUAUCUUGGUACGAGCUUAUGCAGAAAGCAUUGGUAAUCUAUAACCAGGUUCAUACAAUUAAGUAUCAGCUUCCCGGUGAAGAUCUUGAUGCUUUGGUAUCUGUGUCAUCUGAUGAGGAUUUACAGAACAUGAUGGAAGAAUGUAAUCAUCUAGAAGAUAGAGAAGGAUCACAAAAGCUUAGGAUGUUUUUGUUCUCAAUCAGUGAUUUGGAGGAUACUCAGUUUGGUCUCGGCUGCACGAGUGAUGAUUCUGAAAUCCAGUAUGUUAUUGCUGUUAAUGGCAUGGACUUGGAACCAAGAAAAAACUCCAUGGUUGGUUUCAGCUUUUCUGCAAACGAUAUAAAUGAAUUAGACAGGCAAAAUAUUGGUGGGGAGGCUAAUGGAGUCGCGGUUGAAUCUACAUUUUUCAGAAAUGCUCCACUGACGAACAAUUUUGACUCGUCAUUGCCUACUCAUUUUUCACAACCAGUGCUACCAACUCCAUCGAAUUCAUACGAAAUGUAUCCACAGUUUUAUGGCAAUCAGAUGAUGCGCCACGGUGAGCCUAAUGGUCAUGGUCAAUAUCUUAUGAAUCAUGGUGUUAAUCCUUCUUAUAAACCUUUUAUUGAAGAAAUGCCUAUUAAUAUGCUUCCUCAUGUGCCGAGUAUUCAACAAGGGGUUUUCAAUGAAGGUCAUCCACCUAGUGGAUUUCAAGUACAAAAUUCAGAAAUACCAGGAACUUUCAUUAGAAAGAUGAGUGACAGUUCAAUUCAACACGGAGGUGAUCUUGGGAAAGUUGUACCCUCGGAAACGCUAUCGCCGUCUCCUUCGCAUCUGUUUGACGGUUUCUUAAAAAAUGAUUUUCCUGAAGCAGGUGUUGUAGUUAAUGCCCCUGAGGGACAUUCUUUGCCUCCAACAAGAACAAACCAGCUCGAAGAUUAUGACGAGGCUUCUUCUACUUCUAGCAGUGCAUACGGUACUCCUUAUGUUGAUUCGCGCUCCAAUGCAGUUGAUUUGAGUUGUCUUCAUCCUCCUCCACUUCCUAAAAGAGUUUAUUAUUCGGAAAGGAUUCCUAGGGAGCCAGUAGAGUUGCUGAAUCGGUCUUCGAAAUCGGAUGAUGCGCACAAUUCUCAGUUUCACGUUUCGGAUUUACUUUCUGGUGUCAACUCGCAGGAUUCAGCUAAAGACUCUGGUAACAACUUGCAUGAAGAUGGUUAUGCUGUUGAUAAUGCGGCUGCAAAUCAUCAAAUAUACAAACAGAUGCCUGAUGCUAGCAGUCCGAUGAUUAUGUCAAAGCUAACCGAGAAUGUGAAUCCUGAGUUGAAGCAGGUAUUACCAGAUAACGAAGGAACCAAUGAUAUGUUAAAUAAGGACAAUACUGUUUCGUUGGAAACGGAAAUAUAUCCGCUUGAAGGUAAAUCAAACAUCCCUACUUUUCACCAAGCUUCAUCUGUUAAGCACCACGAUGAUCCGGCAUCUAAUCUUCCAGAUGUUGAUUGGGGUGACACCUCUGUGAAAGAAUCAAACGAUGAUUUUAACAUUCAUGCACUACCCGUCCCUUUGAAUGCAAACGCAACUACAAAAGUUGAUUCUCAAGCACAAGGUGACAUUCUUAUCGAUAUUAAUGAUCGGUUCCCCCGUGAAUUGCUUAAUGAUAUGUUCUCCAAAGCAAUACUAGAAGAAGAAGAUUCCUCUAGUCAACAUCCAUUAGCUUCAGAUGGAAUGAGCCUAAGUAUAAACAUGGAAAAUCCUGACCCUAAACGAUGGUCGUAUUUUCAAAAAUUGGCACAAGAAGGGGUCGACAAUGCGUCUCUUAUUGACCAGGAUCAUCUUGUUUUUUCACCUGCUAUUGGAAAAGUUGUUGGAGAUAAUAGAGCUCAACAUAUUACACCUUUAACUACCGAUGAAGUUCCUCUAAACCAUGCAGAAUUCCAUCUCAAUUUUGGGGAAGAAAUUCAGAAAGACUUGCAUGGAAAAAAUGGAACAGAAACUACUAUUCUGAAAUCUGAUUAUGACCAGUCCCAAAUUAAUGAAACUGAAAGUAUGCAAUUUGAUGCUAUGUUGGAAAACGUAAGAGCACAAGAGUCAGAGUAUGAGGUUGGGAAAUUUGAAAAGAAAAAUAGCAGUCUACCUCCUCUUGAUCCUUCUUUAGGAGAUUUUGAUAUGAGUACCUUGCAGGUCAUAAUGAAUGAAGAUCUUGAAGAGCUGAAGGAACUAGGUUCUGGUACCUUUGGAACCGUAUAUCAUGGAAAAUGGCGAGGAACAGAUGUUGCCAUUAAGAGAAUAAAGAAAACCUGCUUCACUGGUCGAUCAUCUGAGCAAGAGAGACUGACUGUUGAGUUCUGGCGGGAAGCUGACAUUCUUUCCAAGCUUCAUCAUCCAAAUGUGGUGGCAUUUUACGGUGUGGUGCAGGAUGGACCAGGAGGAACAAUGGCAACUGUUACGGAGUAUAUGGUUGAUGGUUCUCUUCGGCAUGUAUUACUUCGCAAGGAUAGGUAUCUUGAUCGUCGCAAGAGAUUGAUAAUUGCAAUGGAUGCAGCGUUUGGAAUGGAAUAUUUGCACUCCAAAAACAUUGUGCAUUUCGACUUAAAAUGUGACAAUUUACUUGUAAACUUAAAAGAUCCAUUACGGCCAAUAUGCAAGGUCGGUGAUUUUGGUUUGUCGAAAAUUAAACGAAAUACCUUGGUUUCUGGUGGAGUGCGGGGCACUCUACCUUGGAUGGCACCAGAGCUGCUGAAUGGUAGCAGCAACAAGGUCUCAGAAAAGGUUGAUGUGUUCUCCUUUGGUAUAGUACUAUGGGAGAUUCUUACCGGUGAGGAGCCCUAUGCCAAUAUGCACUAUGGUGCAAUCAUAGGUGGGAUUGUUAACAACACACUAAGACCAACAAUCCCAAAUUAUUGUGAUAUUGAAUGGAGAACACUGAUGGAACAAUGUUGGGCUCCAAAUCCUGCAGCUAGGCCAUCCUUCACCGAAAUAGCGAGUCGAUUGCGCAUAAUGUCCACGACAGCUAUCCAAACCAAAACAACAGGCCACAAGGCAUCCAAAUGAUUGAAAACAAAUACUCAUGUUUGCUACUUUUUACUAUCUUAUAUACCAAUAUUAUUGCCAUGGAAUGGAUGCUCUCUUUUUUAAUAUAGCAUUCAUUGACUGCAUCCAUUGAAGUAUUUGAUGUCUCAACAAUUUUGUAUGCCCCUUAUAUUUUGUUGUACUAUUUCCUUUAUGUUUAAAUACAGGCCUUAUUGAAAUUCCAAUAUUGUUAUACACUAA